AUGGAUCGUCAGAGGAAGCGGGAUCUCCGCCUCCAAAAUGAGAGAGUAUGGGCCGGCGAGAGUGAUGUCUUCCCGGUCAGCAAAUCCCUCGAUUCGGCCUUGAAAAAGAACACCGCUUUCAUCAAGCGCCUCCGCACCGGAAUCAACGCCGCUGCCCAACAAACCUUCCUAACCGAUAUCCGCACGCUCUCGCUGCACAAAUACCUGUCGGAAAUUAUUUCCGCCUGCUAUGAAGGUCUCUGCAAGCUCAAAUCGCCCGGCGAAAUUGCUACAGGUGUCGAGAUCACUAGUGCCUUGCACCAGCGCUUCGGACCCGCCGAAUUCACCCGUCAGAUCGGAUGGCUGCUAGGGCGGGGCCUGAGUACCCCGGAUAGAGGACAGCUGAAGGCGCUCAGCCAGGAGUUGCGCGAGCGCGAGGAAAAGGAACGGUUGUCUCGGCAUCGGGUGUUGUUGAGGGUUGUUACGGAGUUGUGGCUGGUGGGGGUGUUGAAGACACUGGAUGAUAUUGAGAAGCCGGAUGAUGUGGGCGCGAAGGGCAAGGAUGGAGUUGUUGGUAUUGGCGGAAAGGCGACGGAUGGGCCGGUGAGAAGGGCGCCGCCGUCUGCUGGUAAGGAUGGUGAGAGGGAGCCCGAGCCGUUUCCUUUGGAGGUGUUGAAGGACCUGCUUGGACAUGAUCGCGACCAUUCAAAUUUGCCACUGGCUGUGCUGUUUGUCAAGAGCUUUAGCUGGGAUGUGCUGGGCGUGAAGAUGCUCGAGGAGGGUAGGAAGACUGUCGAGGCUGAUGGCGCUACAACUACUGUUAAUGGCGAUGUGGAGGCGGACGCAACAGCCCCGGAGGGUGAUGACCCGCCGCUCACUUCGGAGAAGACUCAGCUUCGGUUCAAGCAUAUCCUGAAUCGGUACCUGGAGGAUGUCAAGACACAUGUUGUUCGCGAUCAGAGAGCGUUGGCCGCCCAGAGCCGUCGCAACGCCGAAGCAUACGUGAAGAGUGGCGAAAUCUUCGAAGACCGCCAGGCCAACUUUGAGAAGCAGACGAAGUCGCUGGAGAAACUGGUUACCAACACGCAGGUCCUGUGUGAGGUUCUGGGCGUGGAAAUGCCAGCUUUAGCCGAGAAGGAGGCCGCUGAUGCUGGAGCGGGCGGUGGUAUCGGCCUGGUGAAGGCUAGCGAGUACUUGCGUGGCCAAGGAGAGGGCGCGGGUAUCUGGGAAGACGAAGAGGAACGGCGCUUCUACGAGAAUCUAGUCGAUCUUAAGGGCAAGGUGCCGGCUGUCCUGUUGGAGGAUGGUAAGAAGAAGAAGGCGGAGGAUGAGGCCGGAAAGAAGAAAGAAGAAGACGGCACAGAUACGGAGAAGACUGAAGCUGGCCAACCGCAGUCGGCUGAGGAUAAGGCUGCUGCAGAUGCCGAUGACCAGUCUACUGCUAUCGCAAGCAAGACUGUCGGUGCCCAGGUGGACGCGCUUCUGGCUAAGCUGCCCGAUCUGCAGACCAAGGACCAGGUUGACCAGCUGGCGCUAGACUUCUGCUUCCUCAACUCAAAGGCGUCUCGGAACAGGCUCAUCAAAGCAGUUUCUGAUGUCCCCAAGGGCCGCAUCGAUCUUCUUCCCUUGUACUCUCGUCUUGUUGCAACCCUAGGACAGUACAUGCCUGAUAUUCCUCAGGGAAUCACCAACUAUCUGGACGAGGAGUUCCGAAGCCUCCAGCGCCGGAAGUCAAAGGAGUUCCUGGGCCAGGUUCGGAUGAGCAAUGUCCGUUAUUUGGCCGAACUGACCAAGUUUGGUGUAGUUCCGGAGCAUAUCAUCUUCCACUGCUUCAAGGUUUCGCUGGAUGACUUUUCGCGCAUGAACAUUGAGAUCAUCGGGCAUCUCCUGGAGAACUGUGGACGCUAUCUGCUUCGGAACCCUGACACGUCCCCGAGAAUGGCUUCCUUCCUGGAGACUCUAGGAAGGAAGAAGACUGUCCAGCAUCUGGGUCAGCAGGAACGAAUGAUCAUCGAGAAUGCAGUCUACUACGUUGAUCCGCCACCGCGGCCUGCCAUCCAGCAGAAGGAGCGCACCCCUAUGGAGUCUUACAUCCGGAGACUGGUCUACUUGGAUAUGAACAAGCGCAACUACACCAAGAUCUUGAAGUCGAUCCGCAAGCUUCAUUGGGAGGAACAAGAUGUGGUCGAUAUUUUGGAGCGCGUCUUCAGCAAACCGGUGAAGGUCAAAUAUGGCAACAUCCACCUUCUCGCGAUCCUCGUCAGUGCCCUUUAUAGGUAUCACCAGGAUUUCGUCAUCGGCGUUGUGGACAACAUCCUCGAGCAGAUCACGCUGGGUCUGGAGCAGAACGAUUUCAAGUUCAACCAGAAGCGAAUCGCUGAAGUCAAGUACCUCGGAGAGCUCUACAACUACAAGAUGAUUGACUCACCGGUAAUCUUUGACACCUUGUAUCGCAUUAUUACCUUUGGUCAUGAGGGUGGUACACCCAUGCCCGGAAGGAUCAAUCCGCUUGACCUGCCCGAUGAUUUCUUCCGUGUUCGCCUGGUCUGCACUCUUCUCGACACCUGCGGUCACUGCUUCGAUCGGGGCUCGGCCAAGAAGAAGCUUGACUUCUUCUUGACCUUCUUCCAGUACUACAUGCAUACGAAGGAUCCCCUGCCAAUGGACGUCGACUUCCUAGUCCAGGAUACUUUCUCCAUGACUCGUCCUCAGUGGAAGCUAGCAGCUGAUCUGGCCGAGGCUACUCAGAUCUUCAGCGAAGCUGUGGCGCAGAACUUCAAGACGCAGGAUGCAGAGAGACCUGUCGAGCCUGAUGAGGACGAUGCGGACAGCAGCUCGUCGGACGAAGGUUUGGAGGAAGAUGUAAUGCUCGAGGAAGAGGACCAGGAGUCGAGCGACGAGGCUGAGGUGUCCGGUCCGAACGGCGAACAAAAUGGCGACAGUGAGUCCGAAGACGAAGAGAUCUUCGUAACUCGACAGGAAGAGGAACGCGACCCAGAGGCGGAAGCCGAAUUUGACCGUGAAUUCGAGAAAAUGAUGGCGGAGAGCAUGGAAUCCCGGAAAUUCGAACGCAAGGGUGUGUUUGACAUACCUUUGCCGAUGAAGCGGUCUGGACGUGAGGCAGCGCUUGAGACGCCCCCGCCAGAGGCGCCCAAGCCCACGAACAACACCAUGGCGUUCUCAUUGAUGACGAAGAAGGGGAAUAAGCAGCAGACCCGUACAAUCGACCUGCCCUCCGACUCCAGCUUCGCUGUAGCGAUGAGAAGCCAGCAGCAAGCCGACCGCGAGGAACAGCAACGGAUCAAGAACCUGGUCCUCAACUACGAAAUGACCAAUGAAGCAGAGACCAAUACCGAUGCCGCAGAGAAGCGUUCCCCCCAUCGCGACACCAGAAUGGACAAAUCAAGCGCGGCCAGGGCGGCUUUCCGAUCCCGGAAACUCCAACUGAGCGACGUGAACUGGUAG